AUGUUUACUGAGGAUAUUCUGACGGAGAUACUAGCGAGGCUGCCCUUGAGAAGCAUCUCGAGAUUCAAAUCGGUUUGCAAAACAUGGAAAUCGACAACAGAAACAAACUACUUCCGCAGGCUCUUUGUGUCUCUCCACAAAAACUCCUCUUCCUCUUGGUCACUACUGAUGUGGAGUGAUGUAAUAAACUUGCAUAGAUGCGAGACAUGGGAUCUUCCAAAGUCUCUGGCUUGUUGUAUUACGAGUCAUGUAACAGGCAAGUUCACUUACAUGGCUUCUUCCAGUGGAUUGGUUUGCAUUCAUGGAUAUAGUAAUAAUACUUGCUUCGUGGGCAAUCCAGUAUUACAACAGUGGGUUCGAAUCCCUUCCUCUCCAGAUCCGUAUGCAAAUCUUUCCAUUGUUAUGGACCUUCUGGUGACGCGCGUGGACGAGGACGGUGUCGUUCUUGCCUUCAAACUGGUUAAGUUCGCUAAACAUAUAGCCAAGAGACAAGAAUCAAUGACUUCUUUGUAUCUUUUGGUGUACUCGUCUGAGACAGGUGUUUGGUCUGAAAAGCGUCUUGAUUGCUUACAUUACUACACCAGUUGGGCUCCUGCUGAGGCUCUGAACGGGACGCUCUAUAUAUCACCAUCAGGUUAUGAUGGUACUGAUGAUCCUGCUGGUCUACCAGGAGUGCUUAUAGCUCAUGAUUUAUAUGGUGAAUCCGAUCGUUGUCGGGUUAUACCUCUCCCGGAUCAUGAUCCGGAUCACAACCGGUUCUUCAAAAGAACCUUGACCACAUCCUCCGGGUCUGUCAUGUAUAUCAAAACCCUACCUCACAGUCUUUUGAAGGUUUGGAUGUUGACCAAGAAUGAUGAUUGGCAGCUUCUGUGGGAGUCUCGCCUCCCGUUUAUAACUUGUGAUGAUGAUAUCCUCUACUAUGCUCCCUUGGCUAUGAAUCCGUUUGAUCCCAAUCUUGUCUACCUAUGGAGUCAACAGCAUCGUCAUUUGGUAUCUUGUAACUUGCAGACACAAAGCUACCAAAUCAUGAGAGAAGACGACGAGUCAAGAAGAAGGUCUAUUGAUGAUGAUGAUGGUCUUGGAAAAUGUUUCGUGAACCAGUCUGCGUGUGAGAUGCAUAUGAAUAUAAGAUUUGAAGCAGACUCUGGAUUUCCAAUCACUCUUUUCAUUUCCGUGCUCCCAAGGUGGAUGGAAUCGCUACCAUGUCCUCCCCAAGUUGAGAUGAUGGAUAAAAGUUCGCUACUCUCUUGCCUUCUUCAAAUGGAGGACAAUAGACCAAAGAUUAGGGAUACCAAAUAA